CUGUGAUAAUAAUGCAUGUUUUUCUUGUUGCAGUCGUCGUUUACCAGGUUUGUGGAGACUGGUCGCGUCGCCAAGUGCGCUGUCGGGAAAUACAAGGGACGCCUAGUAUGCAUUGUCAAUGUAAUUGAUCAGAAUCGGGUACUGAUUGAUGGCCCCACUAACGGUGUUCCCCGGCAACAGUAUGCCGUCAAUCAUCUGCACCUGACGAAGUUCCGUGUUCGCUUCCCGCAUACGGCUCGCACCCGUGUUGUGCGCGAUGCUCUCGAGAAGUUCGACCUCAAGAAGAAGUUCGAAGAAACCAGAUGGAACGAACGUUCCGUUGCCAAGGGCAGGCGCUUCAACAUGACCGAUUUCGAUCGCUUCAAGCUGCGUCUGGCUCGCCGUGAACGUAACCGCAUCGUGAGUGCGCAGUACAAGAAGAUGAAGAAGCAGGUCGUUAGCAACGGUAUGCUGUUCGGUAAGCCCCGAAAGGGUACGAAACCGCUUCCCCCGAGGCGUGUUAAGUCGCCUGAGGAUGCCAAGAAGAAAAAGAAGAAGCCGCGUCCGGCCAAGAAGGCUGCGGCUCCGGCCAAGAAGAAGUGAGCGGUGGCAAUAAUAUAUGCGUCAGGAGUGUAUAAUUAUUAAAAGCCGUUCAGACUAAACAAACACAUGAUUUAAGUCCAAUCAAUCCAUCUCUAGCAUUCGCACGGAGAAAGUUAUGGAAGGAGACGAGGAGGAAGCAGGAAGUAAAGAAAGAGAACACAAUA